AUGAAUGAGGAGUCAAUUGCUAGUAUUGCGAAUUCGCUGUCUAUACCUGAUGCUCUACCAAGUCAAAACUUUUACUCUUUGCUAACCGCCUUCUCCAUUUUCUUGCAAACUAAGCCAAGAGCUCGAGGAGGCCGUCUUGCUAAGGCUACUGCUGUGGGCUAUAUGUCCCAAGUUGUAAACCUGCUCCGAGAGCGGUACCCUCUGUACUUGUCAGACAGCAAGCGAAUUGCGAAAAUACGCGACAAAAUGGGUUCAACUAUUGAGGAGCGAAAUUUGCUAGCUGGCAGUUUGCAUGACGCUGCUGUACUAACGUUAAUGUGGCACAUGUUUGGUCGAGCGAUCGAUACCUGUUUUGCUAGGAAGAGCCAGCUAUCUAUGGCGGCAUUGGGGGAGCUCUUUCUGCAUCUAGCUCGAAUCAAGACUUCGGUGGUUCAAGGCAUCUCAAUUUACAAGGCCGCGACUCACUGGGAGCAGUGUAUGCUGCACGGCCUCGGAAUGCUGUUCGUCGGAGCGUCGGAGCCUUCCAGCCAUGUAUUCCCGCUAAUGCCGCACGCGGCGGCAUCGGAUUUGCCAGGGGAGAAGACCUAUAGCCAAGACGAAGCUAUACUCUACUGGGAGAACCUUGAAAAGAAAGCUGAACCAAGGAACGAGCCACCAACAAAGCGCGUGAGAGGAAGGCCCAACGUGUCCAAGUAUAUUAACGACGUCAUCACCAUGGUCUGCGAACGCCAAGCCCAAGCCUAUGCCCCGCUGCCCCCGACGCUCACCGCAGGGCUGAGCAGCCACUCCUUGCGCCACGGCUCCGCAGCGUAUGCAAACGCCUCACUGCAGCUUGCGAUCCAGUGGAUCUCGACCCGGGGAGCUUGGCUGCUAGACUCGCUCACGAAGGCGUUCGCGUAC